AAUAUAAAAUGCCUAACCCAAUCAGUUUUACUGAUCCCAGUAGAAAUUAGGGUUUCUUCUCUCCGUCGCCGUUGAUACGGUUGUUGCCGGUGGUCCUCCGACAGUUCAGUUAUUCCCGUCGGAAUUCUCGUCCUAUCUAGGAUAUAUCCACCUUGCUGUAGCAAUUUUUCUCCAUUAGUUGGAUAAAGAAAGCUCUUUAGACAAACAGAAGAAAUGUCUGGCCGAAAAGAAACAGUUUUAGAUUUGGCAAAAUUUGUUGACAAGGGUGUGCAAGUCAAGCUUACUGGUGGAAGACAAGUGGUAGGAACACUUAAAGGCUAUGACCAACUGCUUAAUCUUGUCUUGGAUGAAGCCGUGGAGCACCUUAGAGAUGCCGAUGAUCCCCUGAAGACCACCGAUCAGAAACGAAGUCUUGGCUUAAUAGUCUGCAGGGGUACUGCAGUAAUGCUCGUGGCUCCAACUGAUGGUACAGACGAGAUAUCCAAUCCUUUUGUCCAGCCAGACGGGGCAUAGGGGAAUCAACCUUGUUAUUUCAAAUUUAGCUCAACUGUAAUGCUGUAAACAGUCUGCACCUUCGCCUUUUAUUUGCAAAAUGUUUACUGUUUCUAUUAGAGAAAAUGCUUCUUCUAGCGGAAAUUGGAGAUAAGUACUAUAUGGUAGCAAAGCUGCAACUGCUGCUGCUCCAUUUUGUGUCGUCAAUACAUUUUCUUGUUGAUGUAAAGUCAUAUUAGUUCCCAUUUCACCUGUGACAAUGUCAGAUCUGUAUCAAACGUCGACUUCUGGCUUCACUAUUUCUCGAUUUGUGUCUGUCAUUCU